AUGGACAGAAAAAAUAAUUUAAAAAAUGAAAUGGAAGAAACAAAGAUGACCCAGGAGCAGUAUAUCCUUGCAGCACAGCCCAACCCCCUCCACCAGAGAGGGGCUUCAGUUUGUGGUGCACAGGUUUACCCGGCAGUGGGAAUCUAUGGCUGGAGGAAGAGAUGCUUGUACUUCUUCAUCCUCCUCCUCCUCGUCACCAUGAUUGUUAACCUGGCACUGACCAUCUGGAUUCUCAAAGUCAUGAACUUCACUCCGGAUGGUAUGGGGAAUCUGCGGGUGACCAAAGAAGGCGUGAGACUCGAAGGAGUGUCAGAAUUCUUAUUGCCUUUAUAUGUGAAAGAGAUCCAGUCUCGUAGGGACAGUCCAUUGAUCCUCCAGUCAGACAGAAAUGUGACUGUCAAUGCUAGGAAUGAACAGGGACAACUGACUGGUCAGCUAACCGUGGGUUCAGAAAUGGUGGAGGCUCAGUGUCAGAGGUUUGAGGUGAGGAAUGCUGAUGGAGAGAGAGUUCUUUUCUCUGCAGAUGAAGAAGAGAUCAGCAUCGGAACUGAGAAACUCAAAGUCACAGGGAAUGAAGGAGUAGUGUUCAGCCAUUCUGUAGAGACAUCACAUGUAAGGGCAGAACCUUUCCAGGACCUAAAGCUGGAGUCCCCAACUCGAACCCUAACUCUAGAGGCCCCCAGAGGUGUGGAGGUCAGCGCUGGAGUGGGAGACUUUACGGCGUCUUGUAGAAAAGACCUCCUCUUGCAGUCCUCAGAAGGAGAAAUCUUUCUAGAUGCCAGCACUAUCAGACUGGGCAACAUCCCCCUUGGUAGUGCUGUGGAUCCCCUGGAAGGAGCGCCUGCAGGUACUACCUACACCAAACAGACUGUGUACGAGCUUUGUGCCUGCGCUAACGGCAAGCUCUACCUGUCCCCUGCUGAGAAAGGUUCUACUUGCCAAACCACCAGUAACUUUUGUCUCUGGAGCUGAAAGUGGGAGGUC